AGAGGGAAGGGAAAUGCUGGCAGUCCCAUUGCCUUGCAUAACAUACGCUGAGCCUCGCGCCGCACAUAAGGGCUUCAUGUGAGGCGGCACAAAGAGAACGAGAAGACGGGGACUUCCUUCGCCCUCGACCCUCCAGGGCCCACUGCAGAGGGGUGGAGGGGAGGAGGAGAAGAGGAGAGACGGGGGGGAGACAAGAAGACGGAAGAGGGGACGAGGGACAGGAGGAAGGGGGACAAGCAAGCCAAGCGCCGGACAUGGAGGCGAUUUUUACGAGGAGCGGUUUGGGCAUGCUGCUUUAAGCCUGGACAAAGGAUGGCUAAUCAAGGAUAGAGUGCCUUUGCACUUGGCAGAGAGAAAGAGAGAGAGAGAGAUUGAAGGAGAGAGAGAGAGAGAGAGAAAGACAGGAGAGAAGAGAGAGAGAGAGAGAUAUGUUGACACCACUAUAGAUCUAAGGUACAGAAACUACUAAGCACUACUAAGGAGAUGGUUCCACAUGAAGACGCCGGGAUUCUGCUCGAAAGAUUCUGCUUCAACACCUAAUCUCAAUUGUACGUUAAGUAGAAAGCAGACUGUGGAACAAUGAACUUCUUGACACCAAAGUCCUACUUUUAAACCCAGACCACUCAGAGUAGUAGAGCACGGGAGCAGAAAAGCGUAAAGAUCAUGAAGUCCAACCAGGAGCGCAGUAAUGAGUGCCUGCCUCCAAAGAAGAGAGAAAUCCUGGCGCUUGAGGAGCGACAGGUGCUGGUAGCAUCAACCGUGAGUGAGAGCCAGAGCGGAGAGAACCUGGCAUGGCUUGCAAGCAUAGCCAGUAUGGCCAGCAUGGCCACCGUUCCCAACCAUGUUCCAUCACGGAGCAACGUUUCCCAUGUUGACAGCCCUUCACCAUCAGCCAAGGCUCCGACUGUAGUGACAGAGUACCUACCAGAACCCACCUCUGCUUCCACCAGCUCUUUGUCAUCUUAUAGAAGUUCCACGCCCAAAGGAGGUUUCUCUGGAGCCACCACAAUAACAGCCAACCCUGCAGUCCUUUCCUCCACCUUUGCCCAAACAACAGGUUCCAUCCAGCACACUCAGUUGCCACCUCACCUUCAAAUCAUUGGACCCUACACUGGCUACAUCUCCUCCCAGAUAGUUCCGGCCGCAGCAAGUCCAUCCCAAUCUUGUAGACCCAACCAAGAGGUUUAUACUGCCACAGGUAUCAUUCCUCAAGCAUCUAAUGACAACUCGCAUAAGCAACAUUUGAUUUCAACCUUGCCUAAUGUAGCCCACACAACCAGCCAGUGCGUCCAGGUAGAGGGUGCCUCUGUUGGCUUGACAGUCACAUCCCCAACUUCUCAAGUGCCCAUUCAAAUUCACCCCCAUUCAGCUGUUCUUGCUCCUCAUGGCCUGGCCCUUGGUCCCUCUCAAGUGCUUGUUCAUUACACUGAUGGCAUUGUCACCAAACACCCAGACCCCCACAGCAGAGAUUUGCAGAACGGUUCUUUGGGAGAGGUCACAGUGGUCAAACACAGCACCAGUGUGGUCAAGGGAAUCUCUGGCAAACCAGAGAGUAUCGAGAGCCAAAGGCAGAAUCACAACCUUGGUCUCCAGGCCCAAACUCAGGUCUUGCUCCCUGCUGAGUAUGCCACGCAUGAUAGUGCAGGAUUUCAGACAUCGUUAAUGCUGGUGUCAAGCAACCACAUUGUGGCCAAUAACAGUACAGAGUUUCAGACUGCUCUGGACAAGGACCAGUCGUCAACUCUGGCUCGAGUUGAAAGAACAGGAAUAUCUAUGGUGGAGCCAGUCUCCAGAGUUUCCUCCCUCACUCUGUCAUCUUCCGAUGGCCUGGCAGCAUCUCUAGCUUCGAAUCUUUCACCCCAUUCCCUCCUGCAGACAUCUCCCGGUGCCCCUGCCCAGGAACUUUCCACAAGCCUUUACUCAGCCACACAGCUACCCAUCAUUGGCUACAUCACCAGCACAUCCGGGGGACCCCAGCAAGCAGUGGCCACGUACCCUAGCAACCUUCCACAACAUCUAGUUAUCUCAGGCAGCCCCUCACUCCUUAUCCCUGUGAGUGCUGGCAACAUUACCACGUCAUCUGCAGAGACAGAAGUCACUCGCUGCUCUAUUCCCACCAUACCCUCCACCAACGUUCCGACUGUUCCCACAGGCCUGCCUCAGGCUUACAUCACUGCAGCCACACCUGUUGUUGCGAACCCUGUUGUUGUCCCUAAUGGCAAAGAGGUCGCUGUACCUGAGCCUCAUCAGCCUCAUCAGCCUCAUCAGGCUCAUCAGGUUCAUCAGGUUCAUCAUACGACGAAUGCGAUACAGAGUUCCACACAGGUGCAACUGCCUGUCUUUUCAACAGAGGUGGUUGCACCUCCAGCUCCUGUAAUCACCCCAGCACCAACCAGCCCUCAAAAUGCACUGCUGUCUCCUACAUCAGCCCUGCCUCCAUACUUUAUGAAGGGCUCUAUCAUCCAACUGGCCGACGGGGAGCUCAAGCGGGUGGAGGACCUGAGGACAGAGGACUUCCUGCAGAGCGCAGAAGUUAGCGGUGAACUGAAAAUCGAUUCAAGCACAGUCGAGCGGAUAGACACCAGCAGAACUCCUGACGCAGUCAUCAUACAGUUCUCAGUUGGCGAACACAAAGCACAGGUGUGUGUGGAGGUGCUGGUGGAGUACCCUUUCUUUGUGUUUGGUCAGGGAUGGUCGUCCUGCUGUCCGGACCGCACUACCCAGUUGCUAGCUUUGUCCUGUGCUAAGCUCUCAGUGGGUGACGUGUGCAUCUCCCUCACUCUGAAGAGCCUGAGGAAUGGUGCUCUGAGUAAAGACCAAACUUUUGGCACUUUGAAGAACCACAACAACAUUCAUCUGAAAACAGCCAAGACUAACGGACAGGCAGGAGACAGGCCGACUCCGAGAGAGGAUCAGAGGAACGGGAAGGUUUUUUUUAGGUCAGAAGGGGAGCAGAGAUUGGAAAGCGCCGGGUUUGAGAGUCUCAACUCUGGGAAAGGAGUGAUACUCUCGAAGGAUGAAGGAGAGGGGAAAGCUCAAAUCGUUGUCGGACGCAAGAGGAGGUGGUCUGCCCCCGAGAAAGGGGAGAUAGGAAGGUCGCAGGAGAGCGAGCCCCCUGAAACUCUGCCCAAACUGUCCUUCCUCUCGCAGGAGAUUAAGGUAAACAUAGAGGGGAGGUCCAGUAUGGCGGUUCGUCCUUCUGAUUCCCAGAAGAGACAAGGCAUCUUCUGAAGGUUGACUGUGUUUCAAUAAUUCAGUGUUUCAAUAAUUUAAACCAACAAAACAAAAUACAAAAUAACCCAAAACCUGAAUUCAGUUCACUGUCGGAAAACCAUACUUUUAGUUGUUCCCUUUUAGUGACUUGAGAACUGAAAUAAACAGACAUAAACCCAUAAAUGCAGCAGGUCAAGACUGACAGGAUUUAUUUUUGUGAUGAUUAGUUUCCGUCUCAUGAUAGUUUUCCUUUUUUUUUUUUUUUUUUUUUAGACUAAUGUAACAUAAACUAAUUUUGUGUGACAGUAUUUACACUAUGUGUUUUAUUUAAUAAAAAUUAAAACAUAUAACGUAUAGUUUCUGACAACUGUCUUGGGGCAUAUAUAUAUUGAGAGGGUCUUUUUCCUUUUUUUUUUUUGAUUAAGUUAAUUUUGCUCUCAUUUAUCUUAUUUUUUUGCACUUUGCAGUCUACUUUCAUGUUGAGUGUAGCAUCAUUGCAAAUCAGUCCUAAUGAUGAGUGAAAAUAUUAAAAGAAUAUAUAUAUGGACCAUUAGGUUAGAGGGACUUUUAGAAAUUUGAACUGAAAUUUCUGUGAGGAAUAUGGAAAACUGAAAUAUACUUAAAGCUAAAUUUGGGAUGUAACCGCUAUAUUUAUAUUAUUUAAAAUGGGGGUUUCAUUGUAGAAACAAACAAAAAAAACAGAUAUAACCAAAUCAUGCAUAAAUAAUAUCCAUUGUGCAAUUUACAAAAUUCUAGAGAUUCUGUAGGAUUUUUUAAUUAUUUGAUGCAUUUGCUUUCAAAUCGGAGCGUUUUAAUAACCCAAAAGAGUAUAACUGUAUCAUUUCAGUGUGUAAAUAGAUGGUAUAACGCCCUUGUAAACCCUAUUUAAAGCCAGUAGUUGGUAAACAGCUUAAAAAAGCUCAUUGCUACAUUACUGAACUGUCACAAGAGUGAAAUAAGCACAUUUUGGGGUAUUUUGCAUUAGAAUCAUUUUAAAAGUCCAUAGUUUUGCUCCCUUAAUUAAACAGUAAUAUUGUGAUUAUACCACAGUUCCAUUAUCGCUGUUUAUUAAGAAAAUUUUGAGUUAAAGAGGACAUAGAUCAUAAAAUAUGAUCUGCUUGGUUAUAAACACUCCGCAAGUUAAAAAAGUUCCAUUGCUGCUCUGUUUGUAGCUGCACUGUUUGGCUUGUAAGCGCUGUAUCGCUUCUAGGUUACCUGCAUGUGGCAGAGUAAUACACAGAGAGCUUCGGUUACAGUGCAUUACCGGCUGAUAAUGGCACUCAUAGUACACCUCUCAGCCAGUCACACUGCAGGGCCAGAACUAACUGCUUAAUAACUGGCUACGCAUUACUACAUUACGUUCUAGAUAAAGAUGUUCAAAUAAAAAGAUGUUGGAUGCUAGAUGCUAAUUGGGUGCCAGUUGGUUUGUUAUUGUUGGUACUGUUGUCAGUAUGCCCAUAUUUGGUGUUCUAUGUCUAAGCUAAAUUUCUCAAUAGGCCGACUAAAUGAGUUUGUCAUAAAAUAACUUUCUGUGGUAAAAAAAAGGAUGUGUUUCUUUGAUUUUACCAAAUUAAAAACCUCUGGAAUAUAAUCAAGAGGAAAUUGGAUGAUCACAAGCCAUCAAACCACCAAACUGAACUGCUUGAAUUUUUACACCAGGAGUAGCAUAAAGUAUAAAGUUAUCCAAAAGCAGUGUGUAAGACUGGUGGAGGAGAGAACAUGAUGCCAAGAUGUUAAAAUUAUGUAACAAAAAUGCUAAAAUUAGUUAAUGCUAAUGAAUGUAGCAUUGGGGAGCCAGGUAGUUAAUAAGGCUUUUAAAAAGGGUUUUACAAGGUCGUUAUACUUUCCUUUAUUUGCUGUAUGUAAGCUUUCAUGGCCCUCACAUAAGUCUCCUUAUUACGGCAAAAGCUAAAACUAAAGCUAAUGCUAAUGCUGAUGCUAAUGCUAAUUUAGAAAGCCCUCAUUUGUAGCCAAACCCAAGACAGAAUAAAAACACAACAGUGAGCUUUAGGACGUACGAAAAACCCAUUUUACAAAUGUACUUUGGAAUUUAAUAUGUUGAGAAAGUCCUCUUGAUAUGCAAUAUUAAGAUUAAUCACAUACCUCAUAUAUGACACACGGCUGUUUCAGAUUACCCGAUGGGAUCUGUGAUGAAUGAUCUAUGAAGAUGAUGAACAAAUAUCCAAACCAUACUCAUGUUCAUGCGGUGGACGUGUGUGCAGGCAAAAUCUUCGCUCAGCCCUUAAAUAUUAGCACUUUACAGAAGGCAUUGGAUGGUUUACACCCUCACCUCUGAUACGUUGCGCGAGCAGCGGCCAUUUGCACAAUGUAGAAUUUUAAAUAUAUAUAUCGCCAGCCAUCCCGUGCAGUUCAGCGCCACACCCAGACCCGAAACAGGCCACUCUUUUAUCAAAACUCUAUUUUAAUUGGCUGCCAUUUGAAA